UUGAACGGUGAACUUCUCUCUGCUUGCUGCAGCUUGGGGCGGUGGGAGAUGUCACAUAACGUGGCGGCGUCAGCCUCCGAAGCCGAUCUUUGCAAGGCUCGGUUGACCACGGAAGAAAAGAGGCGGGGCGAAGAACACGAGGUGGGGGCGAGAUCGCCGCGCUGCAGCGGCUGUUCUCUUUAGGCGACCCACGCUCAGAUUUGGCAGCGGCUUUUUUUUAUUUUCCUGUCCCCGUUUCCGCAGAAUCAGGAUUUCCGUUUCCCUCCUCUUGAGAAAAGAAAAAAGAGUUUUUUAAAAAAACAAUUUGUCACUGCGAAGCAGCGCUACUCGCAAGCAACUUAGCGGCGCGCUUUCGGGUCCACGCAACCCGUCGGCCGCUUGCGGAGCAUGGAGCGAACCGGAGCGGAAGAUCCCGACCCGGCCGGGGUUCCGCCGGGGGCUCGCCUUCUCCUGUCCUUCAAGGAGUUUCUGGUCUCUCGCAAAGGGCUGCUGCUGCUGGCUCAGGCGGUGCUGUCAUUCAUCAUCUUCAUCUGUUAUAUUGCUUCGGCAGCUGCAUCUUUCCUGAUCGUACCCUUAUUAACAUUUCUGCUGGCCCUGUGUUUUUUCUUUGCAUAUUCCUUAAAGCUUAAUGAGAAGGUCAAAGCAGUCUACUGGCUUUUGGCGGAUUUCUUGUGCGGCAUCAUUGCUGCUAUUAUAUAUUUUGCCAUCUCGAUUGCUGCCAUCUCAAAAUAUUCUGACACGGCAUCCAAGGCAGCAGGAGUGUUUGGAUUCAUCACCACAAUUGUCUAUUGCAUUUAUGUCUACCUUACCUUUCACGACCUGAUGACAUACCUCAAGCAAGGAGAUUCUUCAGAUGCCCCUGAGCCACACAAAUCAGAAGAAGAGGAUUCAGAUUCGGAUUCAGACUGAAGCACAGAGCCUUGAUGGAUUGCAGAGCCAAAAGGAGAGGAGUCAAGGGGGACACUCUCUGUCAUUUUAGCCUGUGUAAUCUUUUUAUGAACUUUCUAUUAUUGUACAGAACGUCACCAAAGCCACUGCUGACAAUAUUCCAGUCUCAUGAGGAACUUGCUUACAAAAACUGCUGCUGUUUGAGCCUAGAUGUUUUUCUCUACCUUCCCUCACACAACAUUACAAUGCACUAUGUAGUAGACCACCUCUUAAAAUUUAACUUUUUUUUAAUACGUAAAUCAGGGUUGUGUAUAUUGAUGAUUGCAUCAGACCAGUUUGGUGGUUGUUCGGUACUGGGCGCAGCACUCUAGGACAGUCUUGUUAAGUUCAGCAUUUUAAAAAAAAAAACAGUUCUUCAGAUAGAUAUUUUUUUGUACGUUACAAAGAGAAUACAAAUACAGGAACUAGAUCAUCUCUUGCUGGAGACACCUUUAUUACUUAUAGAUGCAGCAAUCAUCUUCCCACAGAAUUAGGGUUUACAUGUUACAUACAAAUACAUGAAAAAGCCUCAAGGCUUUUUGUUUUGGAAAAGCAGCUCAGGAGAAUAUGAAUGGGGGGUAGUUAGUCUUGUCCUCUCCACAAUUUCUGGACUCUGUAUAUGCCUUGUCUACACACAGAGAGCUAGUUUCCUACUCUACAAGGCUCCAAAGACUAAAGAUGUGUUUAGUGUAAUACCAGAGUUUUGGGCAAAGCGGCUAAGCACCCCUGCCCCUUUCCCACAUUAUAGUCCCUCUUCCAAAGCAUUUCUUUUCUGAAAUCCAGCUUCAAAGUUCUUUCAUAAUUUGUAUGCAACAUGCAAUUAAUCACUUAAUUUGUGGCAUUGGGCUUCAUGGUGCCGAAUUCAGCUGAGUUGUGAUCAAAGCUUACACUUGCAAGGCAUAAGAGUUUGCUGGAUCAGAGCAGUAAUCUGCCAUCCUGUCCCCUCAGUGGCCAGCCAGACGCCUCUAGGAAGCCUGCAAGUGGUACCUGAGUAAAACAGCACUCUCCCUACUUGUUCCUAGCAACUGGCAUUCAGAGGAACACUGCCUCCAAACAGGGGAGAGAGAAAUGGCCAUUUUUACUUUUAUCCUUAUUGGCAGACAUGGGUCUUUUUAAAAAAAUAAAAAUAAAAAUGAAGGAUUCUAGGUCAGUGGAGGAGCACAUGUUUCGGAGCACAGAAGGUCCUAUGUUCAGUCUUUGGGUAGAAACUCACUGUUCUGCCACCUCCAGCGCGACUCCACCUGUCUUCUGAAAACGGGGACACACAACGUUUUUCAAACCCCACCCCCUUUUUACUAUAAAACCUUGUGGGAGCAGCUUGAGUGCAUUUUUUUAAAAAAAGAUUGGCUUCAAAGAGAUUUCUCAGCUGAUCAGCAGAUCAUCCUGUUCCCCCUCCAGGUGUGGCAAAUGGAACGCUUUGUCCUUGCAACUAGUGUGUUUGCAACUUUUAUUCAUAAGAUCACAGCAGAGCUAGGAAAGAGCUCCUGCCGCAGGGCCAAGCUGCUUAACCUGCAGGUUUUUGAAAAAACAAGGUUGCAUCAGCAAGGAGGUGGGGUGCUUAUAAUUAAUAAGCAUCCCCUGUUGUGGUCUUAAGGAAAAUUCCUUCUCCAAAGUUAGUAUUCUCAGUAUAAAAUCCUCCACUGGCACCAAUGGGGAAUUUUCCCUCAAAGCAAACACCAGCUUUGGUGGAGCGAUUUUUCUCAAGACGACAGAGGAGAAAAGGGUUCGGUUCUCCUCUGUGCCUCCUUUGAUUCUAUUAAAUUAUAAGCCCCUCUACCCCCAGCUGAAGUUAUAUACUGUUUUUUUUAAAAAAAACAAACCCUGCACUUUAAAUGCAAAUGCAUUUAACGUCAGGUAUAAUUUGGACCCACGAUCAUAGACCCAUGGCACCUUUACAUGCUUUCACACUAUGUCUAGCUUACCAGUAAGAUGGGUGACAUCUUAUUUUCAACCUUUGAAUUAUUCUGAAGAAAUCAGACAAGGGUGCUGGUUACGUUCUUCCUCCAUUGUAUGUCUAGAACUUAAGUAAUAGCAGCGAACAAGAGAUCUCAGCAAUGGCCAUCUAAAUUUGCAUCAGUUUCACCCUUGAGACAAU